UCUCUCUCUCACUUCUUGAAACGCCAACAUCGCACGCCACCUACGCAAACGCGCAGACAACUCUCGUGAUCUACUCCAUCGCGGCCCCAGACCCCGGUCCUCCCCGUUUCCAACGCCCAUCUCCGCGAAAUCCCAGCCCUCCGUUCCCGAUCCAACGGACCCUAAUCGUUCCCAAAUCUGGCUGGGAUCUCCCUCUCUCGGUCUAUAUAAAAGCGAGGUCGGACGUGAUGGAGAGGAGGCGCACCGAAAGCCCUGUUUACUUGCGCCAAGGCAGCGGCGGCUCCAGUAGCACGGGCUCCUCAUCGCCGGCUAUGUCGCCGGCGCAUCACCGCUCGGCGUCUGUGUCUGGGAUCUCUGGCGUGCGCCGGACUCAGAAUGUCGCAGCGAGAGCCGCUGCUGCCAGGCUCGCGCAGGUCAUGGCGUCGCAGAGUGCUGCUGGCGAUGAGGAUGAGGAUGAUGACGGAGAGAUCCCGAUUGCUGGCUCUGGGUUUCGGUACUCAGCUCCGAUAAGGGCUUCACCGGCCAACAGUAGCAAUGGCGGUGUUAGUGGUGGUGUUGGGGCCUCGUUGCUUGGGAGGACCACUAGAUCUCCUUCCCCUGCGUUAGGUCGGAACUUUGUAGAGCACACUCCAUCAGUUCGCUCCUCAUCAACUGGAAGACCUUCAGUUUCAGUCCGUACAGCACCAAUGGUACCUCCAAGUAGAACGUCGUUAAGGACCCCGUCACCCAUUCCACCAAUAGAAACUCCUAUUGAUCAGCAUAGAGAGAAAAGGUUUCCUGCUGAUAUGAGGCAUUUAAAGUCAAGAGAAAUAAGUGAUCAACGUGAAGCUUCUGCACUUAGAGAUGAGCUUGAUAUGCUUCAAGAAGAGAAUGACAAUAUUCUUGAAAAGUUCCGACUUGCUGAAGUUAAAAGUGAGGAAGCAGAAGCCAGGGUCAGGGAGCUCGAGAAACAGGUUGCUGCUCUUGGUGAGGGUGUGUCUUUAGAAGCCCGGCUGCUAAGCAGGAAGGAGGCUGCACUACGCCAACGGGAGGCUGCUCUUAAAGCUGCCAAGCAGACCAAGGAUGGAAGAGACGAGGAAAUAAUUGCUAUUCAACAAGAAUUGGAGUCUGCAAAAGAGGAGGUUGCGAAUGCAGUCGAGCAACUCAGAGAAGCUGAAUCCGAAACAAAGUCUCUUCGCUCUAUGACACAGAGAAUGGUUUUAACUCAAGAAGAGAUGGAAGAGGUUGUUCUGAAGAGGUGUUGGCUUGCUCGUUACUGGGGUUUAGCUGUUCAACUUGGUAUCUAUCCAGAAACUGCAGCGGAAAAACAUGAGCAUUGGUCAUCAUUAGCCCCUCUACCUUUUGAAGUUGUUCUUUCUGCCGGUCAAAAAGCUAAGGAGGAACCUAGGAAACAAGGUGAUAACAAUUCUGAGGGGAGAAACAAGCUUGUGCAUGAUAUGAGUGAUAUUACUGGAGAAGGCAAUAUAGAGAGCAUGCUUUUGGUUGAGAAGGGUUUAAGAGAACUGGCAUCUUUGAAGGUGGAGGAUGCUGUGGUUAUUGCAUUAGGUCAGCAUCGACGCCCAAAUUUUGUGCGGCAAUCCACAUCAGAUCUCAAGUCACCUGGUGAUCCAAAGUUUGUGGAGGCAUUUGAACUCAACCAAGAGGAGGCAGAAGAUGUUCUUUUCAAGCAGGCCUGGCUGACAUACUUUUGGAGAAGGGCAAAAACUCAUGGUGUUGAAAAAGAUAUUGCUGAAGAACGACUGCAGUUUUGGAUCAGCCGCAGCAACCAGUCACCAACUUCUCAUGAUGCUGUUGAUGUGGAGCGUGGUUUGAUGGAACUGAGAAAGCUGGGGAUUGAGCAACAACUCUGGGAGGCUUCCCGGCGGGAUAUCGAGCAAAAACUACCCACUGAUGCUGAAAUUUCUUAGUGAAUAUUACCUUUUGGUUGUCCAUUCAAUUUGUCUAUUUUUAUUUGUUUGAUUCAACAUGAACUUUCACUUUAGAGGUC